AUGGCGGGCAAAUCACUUUUGGAUACAACAUUGAACCGUUUAAAAUUAAUUUUAAUCCUGUCAGGUUUGAAUUUGGAACGAUUUAACCGUCCGCAAACAAUUAAAAGAAGAUUAAUUUAUAUUUUUAAUUUCAUCUGGCUGAACAGUGAUAUAAUUUGCGCUAUUUUUUAUUUAAUUGACGGUGUUAAGAAUGGUACUGAUAUGACGGAACUUACGUAUUUAGCGCCAUGUUCGAUGCUUAGUGCGGUUUCUAAUUUGAAAUCGUUAUAUAUAAUCAGUUAUAAUAACUACGUUAAUAAUUUAAUCGAUGAGUUGAGAGCACUCGAUGUGAACUCGAUUAAUUACAAUACCAACAUAAAAAAUAAAAUAGAAAAGGAAGAGAGAAGAUUUUUAAAUAUCGUUAUAAAUUUGUUAAAUAUUUUAAACAUCGGUAUGGUGGUCAACUUCACUUUCAGUCCUUUAAUUUUGAUAGCUAUUAACUACUUUAGGACAAAGAAGGUUGAAUUAAUGCUGCCGUUUUUAGAUGUGUAUCCAUUUGAUCCGUUAAAUAUAAAAUACUGGCCGCUGGUUUACAUCAAACAGAUAUGGUCAGAAUGCAUAGUCCUUUUAGAAAUAUGUGCGGCUGAUUAUUUCUAUUACAUUUGCUGUACAUACAUUCGAAUUCAGUUCCGACUGCUAAGCUAUGAGAUAGAAAAUUUAAUUCCCAUUCAAGAUACAGAUGACCAGGACAUCAGAAGUAAACUGUUGAAACUAAUAAAGUGGCAUCAACAUCUUAUAAGCGUGACUAAUACUUUAGAAUUGAUCUAUUCAAAGUCAACUCUAUUCAAUUUUUUCUCGAGUUCAGUGAUUAUUUGUCUCACCGGUUUUAAUGUGACGGCCAUAGACAAUUUGGCGUUUGGAGUGACAUUUCUAACGUUUUUAUUUAUGAGUCUUCUUCAAAUUUUCUUUCUUUGUCUAUUUGGUGAUAUGAUUAUGAGAUCGAGCCAGGAAGUAAGCGAUGCUGCGUAUAAUUGUCUAUGGUAUACAGUUGACUGUAGACUCAUAAAAUAUCUAAUGAUUGUACAAAUUAGAGCUCAGAAACCGUGCAAGUUAACAGCUAUGGGUUUCGCAGACGUCAAUCUCAGGGCUUUCACACGAGUGCUGAGUAGUUCUUGGUCGUACUUCUGUCUUUUAAACACUAUUUAUACGCCAUCAGCUGAUGGAAUUUAAAAACAAUGAUAUUGCU